AUGUAUGAUGACUACAGGAUUCACAGGGCAACCGGCACCGUUCCAUCACUCACUUCCUAUCCUCUAAAACGAGAGAUCACCCUGGCGGAUAUGUCGUCAGAAACGGAAUGGACAAAGCACCGACCUGUUUUAGUACGGAUUAGAGGCGCAGGACGAUACACCAAGGUCGAAAUCGAGGAGGCUACGUUCUCACCGAAAAGUAGGCAAGUACGGGUGGUUUUAUCGGCUUACACCCAGAUCACCACACCAUGGUACAAGCACUACGCGAAAAAAGGCCAACCUGGCAUUCGAGGCAAUAGCACGAAUGAAGAUAAGCAAGGAUCUUCGAGAAGCUGGCACACGCUUAUCGACUUCGCCUAUGGAGCGACCGCAUUCGGAUGUAUGACGGACGAAGAGGCAGAGCAGGUGGAAGAAGUUCCAGUCAUCGACACAGUCACAAUCCACGGUCGCCUUCUACACCUCACCAAGACCAACAAGAAGCUCUGUUACUAG